AUGGUCCAAUUUAGGCAUCUAAUAUCAUGGUGUGAUGAUGCCCGUCACAUAACGGACGAAAGCUCAGCAAGGAUUCAUCGGGGUCACAGGCCGGUGCGUCGAGGAUCUAUUCGCACAAAUCUACAACCACAGCUCCAAGUCAAUCCCCCCCAACCUCCGGUGGAACCAACUUACGAAUUCCUUCCACUCGCUUCUUCAAACGAAAUCAAAGGUACUCCAACAUAG